AUGAAUAUUGCCACCACAACUGAUGAUAUAUCGUCUGUCACCCCAUCGUGUAAAUCCUGCAGUUCAAACCGUAUUCUAAGCAAAGCUGAGGGAAACCUCACUGCAAAAACUACACUUUUCCAUAAAUGUUGCCUCUUUGUGGCAGAUCAAUUGAUGGACCAUUUGUUCCCUUGGUCUUUAAAGGCAGAAAUUAUCAAAUGCUUACCCAAUGAGUUAGCAGCAGAAAUAAUUUGGAUUCAUAUGAGAGGUCAUCAAAGAAAUUCUCUUUCGAUGUAUCUCUCCUUUCGGAAACACUUCUUUAUGGAGAAUUGUAGCUACGAACAGUUUGGAAUGGAAUACAUCACUCUAACUCAUGAGGGUGGACCAAUAAAUUUAGGUGAUACAAUUCUUGUUCUGAAAACCGUCAAUCAGACUAGAGAGUAUUUUAAGUUUCUAACCGUCCUUUCCAUAUCUACAAUUGGGUGUGAUUUAACCCAAUUGACAAAUUUUCCAUUUUUAAUUGCUCUUGAAAUACACUCGAUAAGUUCAAAAGAGAUUUCUAGAUUGAUUGAGUUAUGGAAAAAUGCAUUGAAAAUGGAUAGCUCUCGAUGGAACCGAUUACAGUUGAUUUCCGUGAGGGAAUUGGAUUCCCCAAAAGGGUUGUAUGAUUUAUUCCAAUUUAUCCCAAGUAUACUGUGUAUUUACGCAAGCAUAUCUUCAACGGUUAUAGCUAACGUUCCUGUAAUAAAAGAGAAUAUUGGCUAUGAUCAUGAUUUUACCAAGGCAUUCAAUAAUACUUGCCUACUUGAGAAAUUACACCUGACUAGAGAUAAGUUUAAAAGUAAAGACCACCAAGAUAAUGACACUUUAAUUUUAAAUAUCAACCUAUCAACAACUGCAAAACCAGUUAUACGAACAAGUAUAUAUCAUCCUCAGAAGAACUGUAAUGUCUAUUACCGUAACAAGAGGCCUGAUGGCACGACUAAUAUGAUGCAUCCUACAAAGGGACGGACCCAUAACAAGAAAGUUCAAAAAAGGAAAAGAAAUAUUCCCAAGAAUAUCAAUAGAAUCAGUUUCUUCGGUUUAUAA